AAUAUUGUUAUUGCAGUAACUAAUUCAAUGAGAUCGAACUGCAAUUACAGUUUGAUUUAAUAUUACAUGUUUAACCACACCAGAAACCGCAUUAAUUUUAACUAGGUUGAUUCAAUGCUAUUUUUAACUAAGCACGUAUCUCCAACUGAAAAAAGAAGACUAAUCUCCGUGGUUAUUGAGAUUUAUAUUCACAAAAAUUAUCAUAUUUGGUCAAUUCACACAUGGAAUUAUUUUACAUUUGAAACUUCCUACUAUGAUUCAUAAAUAGGAAAGUCACCAUGAAGCUGCAAAGUUAGCUAGCUCACUAAAACUGUGGGGGCUGAUCAGUGUUUUUAUAUAUUGUCUGAAUCAUGAUCAUACUCAUUUUCAUAUCAUCAGUGUUGCAGUAACAAAAUGACAGAGAGAAAUCCAGUAGCAGCAAAUUCAUCAUCAACUGACAGUGAUUUUAGCAAUCAGCAACUGUCUUUCGAACUCUCUGACUACUUGAGUUUCGAUGACAUUGAUUGGCAACAUGUUGAUCCCACCACAUAUAAUCAAUCGUUUGCUUAUCAACCCAAUGAUGUAGCAGGUGGCAGCAACAUUGAGUGGUCUUCUACUCAUACCAGAGAUACUAAUAAUAUUAAUAAGAGUGGAAGAGAGAAUAUUUGGAAGAAUGAAGUUAAGGAAAGAGUUGCAUUCAAAACAAUGACAGAGAUUGAAAUACUUGAUGAUGGUUACAGAUGGAGAAAGUAUGGAAAGAAAAUGGUCAAGAACAGCCCUAAUCCAAGGAAUUAUUAUAGGUGUUCUGUGGAGGGAUGUCCUGUAAAAAAGAGAGUUGAGAGGGAUAAUGAUGAUUCAAGAUAUGUCAUAACAACCUAUGAAGGCAUGCACACACACCCAACUUCUUCAUAGCUAGCUCCAAUAAUGGAUAUUAUAAUGAUCUGGCUUGGUCGAUUUUCAGGGUUGUAGUCCUUGCGCACUUCUGUGCUCUUAUCUAAUUCUGUACAUUGUGUAACUCUUAUAUAGUUUCUGAUAUUAUAUGAAGAAGUUUUGAAUGUGUUUUGAUGGCCA